ACGGGCUGGAGAGAGUGAGCAGGGCCGGAGCGGGUUGCACUGAUGGGUGUGUGCAGGGCGGGACUCGGGAGGAGUUUGCACGGGCUGGAGAGAGUGAGCAGGGCCGGAGCGGGUUGCACUGAUGGGUGUGUGCAGGGCGGGACUCGGGAGGAGUUUGUACGGGCUGGGCAGAGUGUGCAGGGAACAGGACUCGGAGGCUGCACCGGACGGAGCGGGAGUGGACUCGGGACAGUGAGGCGGCGCUGGGGUCGGGAGCGCUGCCUGCCGCAGUCAUGGAGCCGAGCGCGGACCUGGCCUUGCUGAUUGCUGUGGUUGUCAUUGCCGCGACAGCCUUGCUGUUAGUUUUCAAGGCUAGGAGAUCCCAGAGGAAGAGUGAUCCCAUUACAUUACAGGAUCCACACACUAAGUAUCCAUUGCCAUUGAUAAAGAAAGAGGAGAUCAGCCACGAUACCAAGAAAUUCAGGUUUGGGCUUCCGUCGCCGGAUCAUAUAUUAGGGCUACCUAUAGGCCAGCAUGUUUACCUCUCUUCCAAAAUCAAUGGUAAUCUUGUCAUCCGGGCCUACACUCCAGUUUCCAGUGAUGAAGUAAAAGGUUAUGUUGACUUAAUUAUAAAGGUCUACUACAAAAAUGUCAAUCCCAAAUUCCCUGAAGGCGGGAAGAUGUCCCAGUACUUAAACAGCAUGACUGUUGGGGAUACCAUUGACUUCAGAGGGCCAAACGGGCUCCUUGUAUAGAAGGGGACAGGUAACUUUGCUAUCAAGCCUGACAAGAAGUCUGAAGCACACAGAAAGUUUGUAAAGCAUCUUGGGAUGAUAGCUGGAGGAACAGGAAUAACUCCGAUGUUGCAGCUGAUCCGUCACAUCACAAAGGAUCCUAAUGAUAAUACAAAGUGUUACCUCCUUUUUGCUAAUCAGACUGAAAAAGACAUAUUACUGAGAGCAGAGCUAGAAGAGGUAGCCAAGAAUCACCCUGAUCAAUUUAAAGUGCGGUAUACAUUGGACAGACCUCCUCACGAUUGGAAGUAUAGCUCUGGCUUCAUUACUGCAGACAUGAUUAAAGCAUACCUCCCUCCUCCAGGCAGAGAGACUCUUAUUCUGAUGUGUGGGCCUCCACCUAUGAUUCAGUUUGCGUGUCAGCCCAAUCUGGAAAAACUUGGUUAUCCCAAAGAUAACACAUUCGCUUAUUAACACUGAUGCAAUGCGGUACAUCUCAUUCACAUGCAGAAAUAAUCCAUUUGCUACAGCACUUUUAGAACAAUGUAAGUUGAUUGCAAUUUUCAUAGUCAUAAUUAAGGGUUUUAUUGAACAGCUGAGUAAUUUUGUUCUGCCUCUGUUACCUUGAAAGUUUUUAAUACUGAGAGCUUAAGUAAUAGUCUUUAAAUAUCUUCUAUUAAGCAAUAAGACAUGGAGAUGCAUAUCUGGCUAACUAUAAUAUGGAGAGCGUGUUAAUAUACAAAGUUAAAGGCCAAAUGAUUCUAGCUACCCGACAUUAAGUUGCCCUGAAAUGUUCUGCCUUUUUUGCUAUGAGAUAAAAUUUGUAUCCAACGAUAGGGGGGGGUCAGUUUAUUUUAUUAAUUAUAUACUAGGGUAUAGCACUGACAUUCAGUAGCCUACAAUUGUCUUAAAUUCUGAACCUAUUUCCUAACUUACGCAAGGUUUGUGUGACAAGACUCUACAUGUAAUCCAUUCAUUACAAUGUGAAUAAAUUAAUUUCUUUCCUGUAUGAAAGAGGGGAUAAAGAAUACAGUAACUCCUCACUUAACAUUGUAGUUAUGUUUCUGAAAAAUCCAACUUUAAGUGAAAUGUUAAACAAAUCCAAUUUUCCCAUAAGAUUUAAUGUAAAUGCGGGGGGUUAUGUUCUAAGGAAAUUUUUUGGGGGCAGACAAAAGGCAUUAUAUACUGUACAGUACUGUACAGUAUACUGUGGGUGGAAGGUGCCCCUCGCUUACCCCACACAGGCACAGCCCUCUGCAGACAAUGAGGCAGGCAAGGAUGCUCAGAAGCACCUUGCGCAGCGGCAGCUUCCCCCCAGAAGAACAGGCGCCGAUUUUGCCGGGGGAUGCUCCAGGCCUGCCUCUUCCAUCCCCACUCCACUCCACUCCACUCCACCUCCUCGCCGGAGCAUGCCACGUCCCCACUCCUCCCCCUCCCUCCCAGCACUUCCCUGCUGCCAAACAGCUGUUUGGCCGUGCUUAGGACUUUCUUGGAGGGAGGGGGAGAAGUGGAGACACGGCCCUUCUUCACUCCCUCUCAGAAAGUCCUAAGUAGGAAGCGCUGGGAGGGAGAGGAGGUGGAGAAGAGGAACUUGUACUAUGCUCCCUUGUAAAGUCUUUGCUCUUCCAUAGAAUCCUACAAGCAAUGGACAGAGCAGGCACCCAAAUGACAUUAUAAGGAAGCAUUGCACAACUUUAAACGAGCAUGUUCCCUAAUGGAGCAGCGACAAAACUUCGAAACAACAUUAAGCGGGAGGAUGUUAAGUGAGGAGUUACGUAUUUCUUAGGAGUGUGCUGCCAUAAAACAGCAAAGUAGAUUAAGAAAUCUGGUCUGGGAAGAAAUUGCAGUAGCUCAGGGACAGUGAAAGUGCAUGAAGAAAUUCUCAUGACUGCUCAUACUGUUUUGUUAAAAUCUUCAUUUUAGAGUGAAAUUUUAUCUAAAAUUUAAUUUUGGGGAUUCAAUGUUAACCUUCAUGCUGAGUCAUUGAAUGUUAUUCAGGUAUAUAUACUCUAUCAUAAGCUGGUUUAUUUAUAAGCUGACCCCCCCCCCCCAACAUGGAUAAGUAAAAAUGGAAAAUUUUUAUGACCCAUUCAUAAGCUGACCCUAUAAUUCAGGGGUUGGCAAACUUUGGCUCCCGGGCCAUCAGAAUAUGCCGCUGGUAGGCCGAGACGGUUUAACUCGAGCGUCCGCAGGCACGGAGGUAAACCUAAGUAAACAAAGUGUCCCGACAUGCCAGCUGCUUACCCUGACGGGCCAGGACAGCAACUGGUGGGGAAAUUUUUUAGGGGGGAGAAGCUGGGGGUCAGGGGAGUAACUCCUGUGACUACCCCCCACAUGACCCCCCCAUCCCACCUUAGCUGGAGUGGGCCAGGGAGGAUGUCUCUGGCCUGGCUGUAGCGUGCGCCAGCAGGCAGGGCCGGGUGGUGAGGCCGCAGCCUGCCAGCCCUGGAGCUUUAGCUGCUGCGGAGGCUGGGGGGAGAGACUCUGGCCUCGCCUCUUCCCUUCUGGCUCUCCUUGCUCCCUCUGUUGGGGGAGGGGCUGUGUCCCCACCUCUCCCUCUCUAUACCUGUUCAUAAGCCAACCCCUGUCUCUGAUGCUUCCCUUUUUUACUAAAAAAAUUCAGCUUAUCAUAUUAUGGAAUGUCAGGGUUGGAAGGGACCUCAGGAGAUCAUCUAGUCCAACCCGCUGCUCAAAGCAGAACCAAUCCCCAGACAGAUUUUUUGCCCCCUCAAGGAUUGAACUCACAACCCUGGGUUUAACAGGCCAAUGCUCAAACCACUGAGCUAUCCCUUGUGUUUGCCAGUACUUAGAUUUCUGCUCUACAAAGACAAAUUGAUUGACAGUCACUGAAAAUUGCAUUGCUGCCUUACAUUGGACUGAACUUCAAUAUAAGCAUCUACUGUUGUUAUAUGUACUGUGACUGACUCAGACCAGAAGGGAUAUAAGAGUAGUGGAAGGCAGGUAUCUCAGCCUCAAAAUGAGCAGGUCUCUGUUCCCUGGAUAGCCAAACAAAGGCUACUCUAGGCCUGUCAGGACACCUGAUGCCACUUCAACCACUUAAGGUCAUUAAGCUAAUGCCAGCACCUGACCUCAAUUAACUGACCCUUUGCCAGUUAAGGCCAUUAGGCUAAUGGAGACAGCUGGAACCAAUUAAGGUCCUACUCAUACUGCUUUAAAAGCUCUCCUUUCCAGCUCUCUUGGGAGAAGCCCAGGUGAAAGGAGCUGGAGAGGAGGAAUUGCUGAAGCCUGAGGUAAGGGUGAAGCUAGGAAAAGGGGACCAUGGGGAAGUGGCCCCACGAAUCAAAGCAGUGGCAGUGGUGAAGGGAAAGCUGUCAACAGCUGCUACCAGAGAUCCCCUUGAGAGGGGAAGCAGACUUUGGUCCAGGCAGGAGGCCAAACUGUGCCUACUGAGCGACUGUGGGGAUUCCACCUUCCCACCUCCCAUACUGGCCUGUGAUGAAAGUAGCUCAAUAAGCUGUGACCUUUGUCCCUGUACUGAGAAAGGGAGGUCAUAGUGAGGGCCUUAGUGAGCUUCUGAGGCCACUGAAUCCACCUGGAAGCGCAGGCCCCACCAAUCCAGGUCCAGAGCAUUGUUGCAGUAUGUAUGAAAUACUGUUCUCUCCAUGAAGUACAUGUGCUGUGAGCAGUUUCAGAAGUUUGCCUCCCCCGAAAGAAAAUGUUUUCACCCCUCAGCUCACAGAGAGCCCUGGUCCUUCCACACACAAGAUACAUGACUCAUUCUGUGGACCCUUAAUCUUCAUUAUUUUUACUAUAUAUCUCUUCACAAACACUUUUCAGUUUGUGACUGUGCAUUCACCAUCUCAGGGCUGGUUUGUAUGGUCUUGUGCCUUAAGCUUAGAAAGUGUGGGGCAGGGAUCCUGUUUUUAAUCUGUCUGACUGGAAAAUUGCAUUUACCUAGUACCACUUAAUGUUUUUAAUCAGAUGUUUGAGACCAAUAAAAUUUGCUCUUUAUUACCUCA